AUGGGACUUGACAUCAACUUGUUCAGAACACAGCCCGACGUCAUUAAAGCGUCACAAAAGAAAAGAAACGCUUCAGUAGAAGUCGUCGACGAGGUACUUGCCUUAGACGCCGACUGGAAGAAAAAGGGCUUUGAGCUCGACCAGACUCGAAAAGAGUUAGGAAAGGAACAGAAAGAGCUUGGGAUGCUCUACAAAAACAAAGAAAAUCCUCCCACACAAGAGACCAUUGACAAGUUCAAUGCCAACAAGAAGAACGCGGAAGCCAAAAUUGCUCAACUUGAAAAGGAAGUUGCCGACAUUAAAAAACAAGUUGAUGCCAAAAUCAAGUCUGUUGGUAAUAUAGUCCCCGACUCCGUCCCUGUCGAAGUUGAUGAGAAGUUCAACAGAGUCGAGAAGAAAUACGGAGAGUGCAAUGCUAAGCCACUCCACCAUCACGAAUUGAUCCACAUGAUUGGUGGUGCUGAUACCGAACGAGCUGUCAAAGUAGCUGGACACCGAGGGUAUUAUCUUAAGGGUUGGGGGUUCAAGUUGAAUCAAGCUUUGAUCAACUACGCCACUCAAUUUUUGGAGGCUCGUGGAUUCACUCCAAUCCAGACACCAUUUUUCAUGAGAAGAGAAUUAAUGGCAAGAACAGCGCAAUUAUCCGAUUUCGAUGAUACCUUGUAUCACGUCGGAACCGGUAAAGAAAACGUCGACCCGGAUGACCAGAAGUAUUUGAUCGCGACUUCGGAACAACCAUUGACUGCUUUACAUGCCGGAGAAUGGUUGUUGCCAAAGCAGAUGCCAAUUAGAUACAUGGGGUUCUCCACUAACUUCAGAAAGGAAGCUGGUGCUCAUGGUAAAGACACUUGGGGUAUCUUCAGAGUCCACCAGUUUGAGAAGGUCGAGCAGUUCUGUAUGACCAUGCCAGACAAGUCAUGGGAUAUGCAAGAAGAGAUGAUUAAGAAUUCGUGCGACUUCUAUGAGAGCUUGAAGAUCCCAUACAGAGUCGUUAACAUCGUUUCUGGCGCUUUGAACAACUCGGCCGCAAAGAAGUAUGACUUGGAGGGUUACUUCCCAGGUUUCAAUGAGUACAGAGAACUCGUCUCAUGCUCCAACUGCACUGAUUAUCAGAGCAGAGAGCUCGACGUCAGAUUGCAGAUGGACAAGAAAGGAAAGGAUAAGGUUUACGUCCACAUGCUCAACUCUACUCUUUGCGCUACUGAACGUGCACUUUGCUGUGUACUUGAGAACUAUCAGACUGAAGAUGGAAUCAUCAUCCCAGAGGUUCUUAGACCAUUCUGUGGUGGUGUUGAAAAAAUCCCAUUCGUUGCUCCAAAGCCAGUGUGGACCAAAGAAGACAAGAAAAAGAAAUAA